UUUUUCAACGAUUGACCUAGCAAACAACAUUAUGCAACUUCAAGCAUGUCUUUCAAAUGGCAACCUUGCGGUCUCUAGAUCUAAGACUAGAGUGAAGAGUGUCUAGAGUAGUCUAGUCUUUUAGGUCUAGAUAUCUAUAUAGAUAAAAUCAAUGCUUGGGCCAAUGUCGCAAUGUGGUCUUGAUUUGCAUGGAGGUAUGUCUUAUGGAGCUGAAUCAGCUUCUGCACUAAAUGAUCUAUGUAAAGAAAAAAAAUGCAAGUGGAUACCCUGCAGCUCAAGCUAACUCAGACAUUCAAAUUUCAGAUUGUCACUUUCUUUUGCUUAGGAGCAAUUUAUGGCAGAGGAGCUUGGAAUGUGUUUGCUGUUUUAUUUUUAGCUGGGACUACAGGACACAGCUGCUCUACCAGUGGUGUACUAUGGUUUGGGAAUCUGACACAGGAAGGUAGUGAGCACAUCACACUUGGAAAUCUAACUGCCAGUUAUUCCCUUGGAGAUGUGACGCCAACUUUGAUCUCUGGGGAGUGUGAUGUGACCAUUGCUACAGAGAAUGGAACAAAUGUAACAAGAGAUUGUCCUCAUGGUUGGGUGUAUUACAGUGAAUUUGAGUCAACAAUUAUUUCAGAAUGGGAAUUAGUGUGUGUUCGAGCCUACCUUUCUGAAUUGUCCACAACAGUUUAUUUAUUAGGAUCCAUGUUUGGAGCUUUGUUGAUCUCUCCUUUAUCUGACAAAUACGGGCGUCGAGUUGUUCUACUAGUCAGUCUCAUAGUCCAAGCUGUAGUUGGCUCUUGUGUUUCACUGUCGCCAAACUAUACUGUUUUCACUGCCCUGAGAUUUGUUGUUGGAUUUUUCAAUAUGAGCAUUGGUUUGAGCUCAUAUGUGAUGGUGACAGAAUUAUUUCCUGAAGUCUAUUGUACUCUAGCUUGCUGUGGUCUGCAGAUAUUUUGGGCAGUAGGAAUAAUGCUGACAUCACUGUUUGGUUUUAUAGUUAGAAACUGGCGCCACCUUCAGCUUCUUAUUUCUUUGCCCAAUAUACUGUUUAUUGUAAUGAUUUGGUUUUUGCCAGAGUCCCUGCCUUGGCUAAUCUCUCAGGGGAAACUUGACAGAGCUCAAGCUGUAGUGAAUAGGAUUGCUAAGUUCAAUGGUAUAAAAAAUUUGGAUGUGGAUGAAAUAUUGAAUGUUCAGCACUAUUCACAUAACAGACAGACAGCAGAAGAACAGAGACUUGUCCAGCACUCUGACAAACAAAAUCAGCUUGAAAAGGAGAAUGAAGAAAUUGAUGGGCAGAAGUUCCAGAGUUCUCACAAUGAAGAGAACAUAGCUGCACAGAACUAUACAGCUACUAGUCAAACUUUAGAUCCAUGUUCAUAUUCUGAUCAGAGUGACAAGCCUUCAGGAGGAAAAUGCAAAAGUUUGUUUAUUCUGUGCAGCAACCCAAGGCUAAGAUUUUAUUCAUUGAUACUAUUUUAUCUGUUUUUUGUGAGUAGUUUAAGUUAUUUUGGAAUCUCUCUAAGUACACCAGUACUUCAUGGUGAUCAGUUCAUUAAUUUAUUUCUCCUUGGAGUGGUUGAGAUUCCAGCCUACAUUCUCUGUGUUGUAGUUGGUGGCAGGUUUGGGCGUAAAAUUCCCUUGUGUGUUUUCCUUUUGAUUUGUGGUUUGAUGAAUAUUAUUGCAGCGUUUACAUCCAAUCAAAGGAUUUCAGCCAUUAAGAUUUUAAGUGAUGUGUGUGUGAUAAUCAGUAAGUUUGCAAUAACCGGAGUGUAUACAACUAUAUAUUUGUACGCAGCUGAGAUGUUCCCGACAUCGGUCAGAAAUCAAGCCAUGGGGCUGUCUUCCUUUUUUGAAAACUUGGGAAGUUUAACUGCACCAUUUAUUAUAUUUUCAGCCAAAUCCAUUCCUGAAUUACCAAUGAUUCUCUUUGGAGCUGUGUCCAUUGUUGGUGCUAUUCUUGUGAUGAUAAUGCCAGAAACUCACAGAAGACCUUUGCCAGUUUUUAUUGAAGAUCUUGAAUCUCUAGAUAAGCGCAAUACAAAAGAGCAUCUUGAAUUAUAAGUUGUUUUCUUUGUUAUUUGAUUUUUUUAUGUUUAAUCUUUGAAAUGUACAAUUGUUGGUUAAUGUUAUUUAUGGUUUUCAAACAUACUUUUUUUAUGUUGAGAAGAUAAACUUACAGCUUCCCCCCUUUUUUUUUUAAAAUUAUUAAACCUAUUAUAAUUAUGGAUGAGAUAACCAAAGAAAAAUGUUUAAAGUUAUUUUAUUAAUAUCAAAAGACUUAUGGAAAAAGUAGCAGUGGUGUUGCAUUAUUUUUGUUUUAAAUAUACUAACGAUUCUGCAAACUCUAACUAUUUUAAUUAGCUGUUUUACUUUUAAUCAAAAUUGUAUACCGAAAAAAAAUUCUGUUUUUAUUUUUGUUUACAUUUGUAAGCGUUUACCACUUUUUUUUUUUUUUUUUUUUUUUAGAAAUCUAGUUCCAAUUUCUUAGUAACUUUACAGGAUUAUACUUGUAAACAAUGUUCUUUAUAUUUAAAAAAAAAUGAUCCCUGAAAAACUAUUUGACUUUUAGAUGAUACUUUUCCAAAAAUUAUACAUUUUUAAAAGAAAAACACAUGUGGUACUUAUAUACAAAGCGUACCUUUAUGCUAUAUUUUUUGUUUUAUCAUAUUUAUUGUUAAGUGUUUGUAAACCUGCAUAUAUUUUAAAAUGUUUUUCAAAGUGGGAAUUUCUUAAUAUCCUUUUGUUGUUAUUUGUUGUAUUAUUUACAGAAUUAGGUUUAAUUAAUAAAUUAUAUCAGACUAGUCGACUGGCGGCGUAGCAUACGCCGCUAUUUUGCAGGGCCAUUACCUUAGGCCACUGCAACCUAUGCGACCGCAGUGGGCCCCGAACUUUUAUAGGACCUGUGCUAAUAUUAGGUGUAUAAAUUAUUCAAUUAAACCAUUGUAUUACUUAUAACAGAUUUCCUGCUGCCUCCUGUCGAUCUCCUGAAAUUGAAAAAAAUACGAAAAUGUCCUGGAAAUAUCUGGAAAUUAUUAAAAUCUUUUGAAAACUCAUACAAAUCUCAUGUAAUAUAUAAAUGAAAAUUGUCAUUUUGGGGUGUCAUUCAAUAUGGAAAACUCCAAUCCUACGCCCGAUAAUAAAAAAAACCUGGCAUUAUGCAAUACCCGCAAUUGUGGAAUCUAGUGAAACAUUUGGUAAUUCUAGCUAUUGAGCAUGAUCUAUGUAGGAAAUAUAAUUUUUAUGAUAGACUGUAUGACUUCGCUACACGCGAGGCUCGUAAAGUAAUUCUAUAUGUAGUAAAGAAUGAAUAAAAUGCCAAGACAAAUUUAUUUUCUAAUACAAACUCUUAAUUUUCACUUUUUAUCAAUAUCCCUACCCAAACUUGGCCCACGAAAUCCGUUUCGCAUAGGGUUAAUAGUUAAGUCCGGUUCUGCUAUCUAGUGACACAUGAAUACUACUCCCCCCCCCCCCCCUCUUUUUUUUUGCCUCUUACAUUACCUAGGAUAACUCCCUCCAUCCGACUUGCAAUAAAAAAUAAAAUAAAAGAGUGAUCUUUCCAUGGUGUCCAAACUCUUGAGUAUGCUCUGUGUCACCUCGAUAGUUACUACAGAGAAGAUUACUCCCCCCCCCCCCCUUUAUUUUUUAUCAUGUCUUGGUCACAACAGUCCGGCCCUGCUAUUUUGUGACUACAUGUUUCCCCUCCCCCUCUUGUUUUCUCAUGGACUAUCCGCAGAAAUAAGAGAGUGAUCUUUCCUUUACUUCUUCUUCUCGUUUAAACUGUUGAGGAAAGAAGAGAAUUAUAUAUAGAGAUAUUUAUAGACAGAUAAUGAAUCAGAUUAUUUUGUGUCUUGAAUAACACAGUCUUGAAACCAGGCACAAUUUAUGAACUAAUCACAUAGAAGAAAUAGUGAAUCUCUUAGUGUUUGAAUGUUUUUGUUCAUUUGAUCUGCGGUUUUAUACAUUAGGUAUUUUGGAAUAGUUUUCAUUUUGUAUCAUAGAGAGUGAUACAAUUUUUUUAAGGCCUAACAUUGAUAUUAUAUAUUGUUAAUACAUAUUUUUUUUUAGUUAUUUUUUCCUUCUAAAACUAUAUUUAAGUCGAGGAGACUAAGAAAAUUAAUAUUUAAUGUAAUUAGAUUUUCUUUAGUUUUUGUUUUUUUUGGGGGGGGGUGGUUGCUUUACCUCCUUAACAAUGUAGAUAGAUCCUUUUUUUCACUUGACUACAUAUAAAGGUGUAUGCUCAUUUACUUAUUUUCCUGUUCUCACUCCAAACCUAGAAAAUUGUGUUUGUGCCACAGAACAUUUUUUUCAUUUUCUUUGCUCUUGUAUUGUAAGCUAGGUUUUUUACUCCUAUAUACAGGUUUGUUUUUUUUUAUUUGCUUUUGCUUUACGAGUUUAUUAAUGGACUUAACAUUUCACAGCAAGGCUUUUUUUUUCCUAUUUUUAUGAUUAAACUGAAUUACUUUAACUUUUUAAAUCAGUAUCUCACACAUUUUUUUUGUGUGCUGUGAAUCAAGUUGGCUAUUUGAAAUAAUUUUGUGUUCAAGUUACAUUAUUAUGAAAUUUUAUGAGGCACUUUAGCUCUACCUUUAACUCAAAGAGUCACAUUACACCAUUUUAUUUAUGCUAUCAAGGGCAGCUAUGCUAAUUAGUUAACAGCAUUGUAAUUCUAUUGGACUUAAUUCCUAGUGUUCUUAGUUUGUCUGCAAUAGCUGAAUGAUCAGUUUAUAAAACAAUGAUAAUUAUCCACAUGGGAGAUAUAAUCUAGUCCUUGUCUAUCUGAAAUGUAUCUUCAGAUAAUUUAUCCAUAUUUUUGACAGACAUUGUUGCCAUUGUGUAGGCUUUCAUUUUAGGUUUAAUUGCUAUUUAAUGUGAAUUGAAAUUGCCUAAUUCUACAUAUGUAUUGAUAUUUUAAUUAUGGAUUCUGUAAAUCAUACUGGUCAUAAUGAAAUACAAAUUAGCUUACAGUUUAAGUUGUUAUAUCAUAGAUAACUUAAUACAACAUUUAAAAAAAUGUCAUGUUUUUUUUAUGACUUCUUAAAAUGUUUUGAUCUCAAUAAACUGUGUAUUUAUGAUGAAAUUAAUCUACUAUAUUGAUAAAUUUUAAAUGCAAUUCAUAUUUUAUUCCAGAUUAUUGACAUUUUAUAGAAUUACACCAGUAGUUUGAAAUAUGUUUUAAAUGUAACAUUUUUAAACAAUAUUACAUUUAAUUUAUAAAAAAGUUUAACAACAUAUAUUUUUAUAUGCAAAUGUUUUGUUUUCUUUUGGCUCAUUAAUCCUUCAGUACAUAUCAUAUAUUUAUUACAUGCACAAAUAUCACCAUUUAUAUACAAACAGCAUUAUAUUGAUUUAUACAUAUAUUUCAAGUUUACAUUGAAAACAAUUUGAAGUUCACAGUGGAUCAAUCAUGAUAUUUGUUGGCUUAUGCUUAGAUCAAAUCUAAACUUAAAAAUCUUUAGCAUGACCAUAUCAAUAUUGACAUUAUUCCAAUGGUCUUCAAAAUUUGUUCCAUCCAAGGAUAAUUUGCCAUGGCAAGUGAAUUGGUUAGAGUUACCAGCCUUGUUGGCUGUUAGCCAACUAAUUUAAAUUUUGUGUGUGUGUGUACAUUGCAUUGUGUGCAAGGAAUGAGUUUCUGAACAUUUUAGAGAGAGUAUUAAGACCUUAGGUUGAAUAACUUAAGAGUAGCUACUAUCAGACUAGAAGCAAAGUUCACCCCAAAGAUAAAGGCCUCCUACAAUAUUUUCUAUUUUGUCUAGUCUUGCUAAUGAACCAAGUAGACAAUGUUAUUUACCUCCCCUUCCCUUUGCUAGUCUUUACAAGUUUAUAGAACUUUAUAUACAGGAUUUGUUUCAAUGUUCAUUAAAAUUGAAAUUAAAAUCAAAUUUGCACACAAAAAAAAACCCACCCAUAUUGAGGAAUCAUUGUUGAUGAUCUUGAAUGCAACUCAUUAAUCAAUGCAAACUUUAUUAUUAUAUUCAUUAAAUAACAAAUUCAACAAUUUUAAUUUAAAGAUAGGCCUUAUGAUGUGACUGUAUAAUGUUUUUGCAAACAUGUUACUUUGUUUAUUGUAUAUAUAACAGUGUUAGACAACAUUGGAGGUUAAGAAAUCUUUUUUUGUUCUUUUACGUUUCAGCUGUGCUUGCAUUAUUUGCCUUUGAGACUUGCUUUAUGUUGAAAUCCUCAGUGCCAUGACUUAUGACUGUGAAUACAUUUUUUAAUUGGGAAUUAAAGCUUUGAUAAAUUGUG